AUGACGUUAUCUGAAGAUGGAGCUUCACUUGGAGAACAGCUACUUGAAGCUGCAAGAAGAAACAAUACCGAAUUAUUGUUAACCAUUAAAUCCGAACUAGGCAAUGACCAAGUCAAGCUUUCUGAGUUGAUCAAUUCUACCAAGGAACCUAUCAACCAAAAUUUGGCGCUACACUUUGCUGCUCAGUUGGGAAAUUGGGAAGUAAUUGAUAUUUUACUUGAUAUAGAGGGCGUGGAGAUCGAUCCGCUCAACAGGGAGGGUGAUCUGCCCUUACACUUGGCAGUCAAGUAUGCAAAUCAAGAACCUGAACAUGGCACCUUUAUCGUGGAUGGGUUCUUGGAUGCAGGAUCAGACCCAAGAAUUAAAGACGUACAUAAUUUAAAGCCUGUGAACUACGUGAAUAAAGAUAAUGAAAAGUUAAGAGAGUUGUUAGAAAGUGCCGAGUAUGCGAUAUCAAUGGAAAUUGCUGACGAUGAGCAAGUGGAAAAGUUGGCCGAGGGCCAAAACGAUGAUGACGAUGAUGUAGGAUCUGCGUCUGACUCUGAGUAG